UGCGUCGACCGGAUGGAUGUCGCAAAAGCAGCCCCUGAUUUGCCGUGUGGGAAACCCCGCGCGCCCUCUUUCCGCCACCGCUGCACUAGGAACAUGCCGGCUAAAGGUCCCUUGCAGUCCGUUCAGGUUUUCGGGCGAAAGAAAACAGCAACUGCUGUUGCCCAUUGCAAAAGGGGAAAUGGCCUAAUCAAAGUGAAUGGAAGGCCCCUGGAACAGAUUGAGCCAAGGACUUUACAGUACAAGCUUUUGGAACCAGUUUUGCUGUUGGGUAAAGAAAGAUUUGCUGGUGUCGACAUCCGUGUUCGUGUGAAGGGUGGUGGUCACGUAGCUCAAAUCUAUGCUAUCCGUCAAUCCAUUUCUAAGGCAUUGGUGGCUUACUACCAGAAAUAUGUAGAUGAAGCCUCCAAAAAGGAGAUCAAGGACAUCCUGAUACAGUAUGACAGGACCCUGCUGGUUGCUGAUCCUCGUCGGUGUGAGGCCAAGAAGUUUGGUGGACCUGGUGCCCGUGCACGUUACCAGAAAUCUUACCGUUAAAUGUUUUAUUCUGAUUUGUGGCAAAUAAACAUCUAAUUGUCAAAUAGA